UAAACCGUCUAGCAAGAACCUAAAACGAACCCCUAACCAAUUUUUUAAAAUAAAUUCUUAACGGAAAUAUCGGUUUGGGUAUCAGGCAUGUCGGUGAAGCCUUUAGCUAACGUUUGUCUAACAGGAGUUUCGCCAAGUCAUAUUUAGACAACUUAAGUUAACUUAGUAUAAAUGUAACAUGUCUAUCGUCAUUGGCAUACUGUAUACAUCUAGCCAAAAUAUAACAACCUUUGCUUCACUUCGUGAAAAUUACAAGUUGUUUCUGGGGAAUCUCGCAAUCCUUCGAAUGACUGACUUGCGGUAGCUAGCUACCGUUAGCUGAUAUGGGCAUCAUCACCGCUAGCUAACUUUAGGGCCUUGUUGGUUUGGGAGCAUAUUUCAGCUAACGUUAGCGUCUUUAUUUGCUAGCUGUGCAUGUUUUAACGUUAUCUUAUGUUUACGUUAUUGCAAGCAAAUUUUAAAGCUAACAAAUUAAUUCAUUGCGGGCACUUAGCUAGCUGUAGUUCAUUAACGUUAGCUAACAGCUGGCUAUGUAGUUAACUAGUCAAAAACUUAGUUCGCAACUAACAUCGAGUUAGCUAGCCAGCUAACGUUAGCUGGCCAGCCAUAAAGUCAGUGAAUCCUUUUACUUUUCAGUCCAAAUAAAGGGGAUUUAAUUGAUACGCCUGUGCACAAGACUUAGUUAUUGAAAAUGACAUCCAGUCUCCCACGAUGGACUCAGAUAUACUGAAUAUAGAGGAAAUAGUGAUGGGGAAGGGGCCACCAGAUCCCCCUGCAGAACUGACCACUGAGAAACCAGCAGAACACUACAAACCCAUUGCCUCCUUCAAAGCACCACCUCCACCCACCAUUCAACCAUAUCAGCAUGAGAACCUGCAGUGUUUCCAGUGCUUCAUCACCUUCUGUAACUCCAAAGCCAAGGAGAGGCACAUGAAGAAGAGCCAUCGUGAGGAGUACAAGCAGCAGCUCCAGCAGGGAGAUACUCUGUUCACCUGCUAUGUGUGUGACCGUACCUUUCCGUCCUCGGAGGAGCUGACCCAGCACCAGGGCUCACACAACAAGGAGGACAAGCCCUUCAAGUGUCCCCACUGCCAGGAGAGCUUCCGCACCUUCUCUGAGCUGACGACCCACAGGAGACAGGUCUGUCCAGAGAGGCAAUUUGUGUGUAAGGACUGCAGUGAGACCUUCCGCAGCCCUGCCUUCCUUCGUACCCACCGCCUGGCCCAGCACCCCCGUCCAGAGGCAGAGGUGGAAGAGCCAGAUGACCCUACCAAGACCCACCGCUGUGGGAAGUGCAACCGGGGCUUCGAGACAGAGUCUGAGCUAAUAAUGCACCAGGAGAACCACGCCGGUGACCAGCACUGCAACGGCAGCACCUCACCCGCUAAGAAGCGCGGACGGCCCUUUAAAGCAGAGGACUCAACGGUCGGAGGGAAGAAGAGAAAGAAGAAGGAAGAGGGCACAGAGGAGGCGGAGACUGGAAACAAUGCAGAGGAGGCUGCAGCAGCUCUGGCUGAGACCAAGGGGAAAGCAGCAGGAGGCGGUGGCAGGCGGGGCCGUCCUAAAGCAGCAGCAGGCGAGGAGGCCGGAGAAGACGACAGUGAAGCCCCAGCAGAGGAGAAGAAACCCAAAGCGGCUCCCGCUCCGCCCAAGCAGCACCCCUGCCCCGAGUGUGAGCUCACGUUCCCUGCCCUGGCCCAGCUCCGCACCCACAAGAAGGAAAAGCACAUCCCACGUAAGGCCCACCCCUGCGGGGAGUGUGAGGAGAGCUUUGCCCGUCCCGAGCAGCUAGAAGCCCACAAGAACCGGGCACACAUCAAGGGGCGUUAUGCCUGCCCUACCUGUGGCAAGAGCUUUGGCCGAGAGAGCAACCUGAAGGGCCACCAGCAGAGCAGCCACCCAGAGGAGGAGGAGAAGCAAGAGGCAGCGGGCCGCAGCAAAAGAUAAUUCAGAAUAGGGAAGGGGGGAUUUUCUGUAAAGUGAUUGGGGAGGGGGGGGGGCGAAGAAUCGGGGAUAUUUUUUUUUUUUGAAUUUGGUCAAGGGUUUUUGUUGGUUUGAGGUUGGGUGUGAAAUUUUGAUCCUAAGUUUGAAGUGUUUUUAGAAUGUGAGGAAUUUCCUGCAGGAUUUUUAACAGGUGAGCUAAGGCGUCCCACUGAUUUUUCAGCGUUUGUCAUUUUUGGAUUGUGUUAGGAUGGUCAAGGCACAUAUCACACGUGGAGUGACUGACUUACUAAUCAAAAGAUGUAAGCUGUUGUUAAAUCCAUCUGUUAUACACCUGUGUCUUAUCUGAACUAAACAACAAUAAUUAGUUUUGGGCAUCAUGUUUGUUCCCUUCGAAUAAUAUCUUUAAAUGAUUAUCAUGAUAAUGGAGUUACUGUUUUUACAUUAUUUUUAGAGUAAAAUGCUUUUCAUGCUGUCUGACUAAUGGCGCUUUUCUUGUUUUAUGAUUUUUAUAUUGCUAAGUAUGUGUUCUGUAGUAGCAGAUGAAAUGCAGCUACCGUGCAUUUUAUAAAACCUGUUGGGGAUUUUUACUUUUUGAAAGAGCUUCUUGUGAUAAGUGAACAUGGAUUGGAAUGUUUGGGAGUUACAUAAUGUCUCUUAGAAAUUGCAUCUAUAUAUACGGUUUCUGGUGCAUUGUAAUGCAAAACUGUUUCUAUUAUGAUUAACUUCUUAAUUAUACUGCUAUUAAAUGCGCAGGGUAUAAAAAAAUAUCAAUGUAUUUAUCCUCUUAAGUUAGUUUGGUUUAGGCCCAAUGGUUCUUCUUUGGUGUCAUGCAUGGAUUUUAACAUGCCAUUCUAAACCAUGGUUGUAAUGAAGACAUAGUCAGACUCAAAUUAAGAUAAUCCAGCCACCAGCUACACCUUGUCACCUGUAUUUUUGAUUUGUUAUACUUGAUUUAAAUGUCAUAGAUACCUCUAAUGAACUUUCCAUAAAUGAUUUGCUUAGUUUGGCAUGAUGACGAAAUGACCUGAGGCCUGAAUGGACGUGUUCUUAUUUUCAUUAUUCUCCCCAUGUAACAUGCCUGGACACUGCCAAUAUGUAAUAAAGGUGCCCCAAGGGCUGCUACAGAAUUA